CGCAGUGUAGCUCUGUGAUCUAAUGCUUUCCCCUGCGCGCGGAGAUUUUUAGGAAAAGCAGAAGAUCUGCAGAAUCAUUGAUCUCGGAGGGAGAGAUUACAGCAGGAGGAAAAUGUUUCGCAACCAAUAUGAUAACGACGUCACCGUCUGGAGUCCUCAGGGGCGUAUUCAUCAGAUUGAGUAUGCUAUGGAGGCAGUGAAACAGGGUUCCGCCACCGUCGGACUUAAGUCCCGCAGUCACGCAGUGCUCGUGGCUCUCAAGAGGGCUCAAUCAGAGCUGGCUGCUCAUCAGAAGAAGAUCCUCCAUGUGGAUAACCACAUAGGAAUCUCCAUUGCUGGGCUCACGGCUGAUGCCAGGCUUCUGUGUAACUUCAUGCGUCAGGAGUGUCUGGACUCCAGGUUUGUGUUUGAUCGGCCCCUCCCUGUGUCCCGCCUCGUCUCGCUGAUCGGAAGCAAAACCCAGAUUCCUACACAGCGGUAUGGCAGAAGGCCCUACGGAGUUGGGCUGCUCAUCGCUGGCUAUGACGACAUGGGCCCUCACAUCUUCCAGACCUGCCCCUCCGCCAACUACUUCGACUGCAAGGCCAUGUCCAUCGGAGCUCGCUCGCAGUCUGCUCGCACCUACCUGGAGCGCAAAAUGGACGACUUCCUCGAUUGCAGCCUGAAUGACUUAGUCCAGCACGGCCUCCGUGGUUUGAGAGAGACCCUCCCAGCCGAGCAGGACCUCACUACGAAGAACGUGUCCAUCGGGAUCGUAGGCAAGGACAUGGAGUUCACCAUCUACGAUGACGAUGACGUCGCCCCUUUCCUCGAAGGUCUGGAGGAGAGAGCCCAGAGGAAGGUAGCGCCACCUGCAGAGGAGCCGGCUGCUGAGAAACCUGACGAGCCAAUGGAGCACUGAGCCCAGCCCAGUCUGCCCCUGGACACGCCCCCUGUCGGCCUCGGCCACGCCCCCUGUCAAUCAGCUGACAGAACCAGUCCUAAACUGUCUCUGUUCAAUGAAUAAACCCAGAAGGAUACCUGAGUCAAGCCACUUAUUUCAAUUUUUUUCUACAAAGGGUAGCUGCCUGUAUGCUUUUCUAUCUGUAAAAAAGUUUUGUGUCCAUGACAGCCAAAAUGACAAUAAACUUUCUUUUCCUCCUGAAA